AGGAGUGUUGGGGGGGAGAACUGGCUGGAUCCAGAUCUGUUCAACCCUUCACAACCCCCUCUGCCUGUUAGGGGGGGAGGGAGUUUAUGAAUACGAGCCUCUACCGACAAGGAAUGGUUGUAUGCGCGUUUGCUUGCGUGUGUCGGGAUGUGUCCGUGAGUCUGAGGACUAUUACACGUGGGGAUAUAUGUUAGCGAAGUUCAGAGGCUCCCUUGCGCGACGCGCAACACAAGUGGGAUCAUCGCCGCAUUAGACUUGAGCGAAGAGAGGAGGAUUUCCGUCUGAAACUAACUACACACAGGUGAGACGGAGCGCCGGCUCGCUUUACCGGCAAGUUUAAUUGAAUAACGACACCGGAAAUGGCACACUGUAUUUACUACAUCUAAAGUUAAACAAUUAUCUCCAUCAAGCGACGAAGUAGUACUUACAAAGUGUGUACUUAUCAAAGGAACAUUAUCCACUAAACACGAGCUGCUGCCGGCUCGAGUGCGUUGCGUCAGCCGCACGAGGACGGGCAUUUGGCUCCGGGUUGUUUAUGACCACCCCCUCCCCAAGACAUCUCAAUGAAAUCAUACUACCCUGUUUUUGAGCACACUCAUCACGGAAAAACAGUGAAACACACGGUUUUCUUCCGGUACAUCAAAAAUGGUCCUAGAAAACAUUAGGAAUGGCAACAUAACAAUGCUCAACCUAUAGCUCUGAGAAAAUCCGAUCAUCAUGGGAUAUAAGUUGGUCUCAUUAGAGCAACUUGAAACGCUUUUGUGGCUGCUGGAUUUCCAAAAAGUUGGCAAAAAGAAGAAUAAAAUAGAGAAAGUGGAGGGAAAAAUCAAGGGACACAACACUGAAGUGUAUUCAAAGUGCUUUGGAAUAAUUUCAUUACGAGUAGAAAUUAUGAAUUUGAUGCAUUAAAAUAAAUUAAUUUACCACAACGCACAGUAAACACUGCUUUGUGACUUGUCACUCUGAUACAAUUUGAUUGUAUUCCAAAAAUACAGGGAAAAAACAUACUUAAUUAUUUCUUAGCUGUGGUAAGGUCAAAUUAUCGUGUUCAUAUUAAUGUAGUUUUAUAUGAGACAGAGUUGGGUAAUUGCAAAAAACUGAUCUACAUGUCUUAAAUUUGGGACCCCAGUGGAGGCUAUGAAAGUACUGAAAUUCUACUUUAACAUAUCACACAAAUAAGCAAAGUCAGUGAUUGAAAACAGGUUGUUACACUUUUCUUUACAUAGAUUUAACCAACUUAAACUCUAAGCUAUCUCAUUUCCUAAAAAAAAAGUGCUAUCUCAAGUCAUCUAGGUUUAUGACAGAACAUUUCAAUGAUUUUCACUAUGUUUUAAGAAGUUACGUUAAAAGGAUUAUCUAAAAAAUGCCAGACAUGUGAUUCAUCCCAGUUCUCUCUCUCUUGGGUUUUGCAUUGAUAAUUGAUUGGAUCCCAUCUUGUUAAAAGAGUCCUGCAGCUUCUCCUCACCCUUUCUUGCCCUCCUUUGUAACAGUCCUGGCAGUGUUUGUACAUAACAGUGGUAUAGUAAUGAUGCAUAGGCCUACAUAAACUUUGACUGUUCUUGUAAUGACAGGGCAAAAUGUUGUUACCCUAACUGUCCCUGUUACCCUGUCUGCGCACAAGUUACCUAAUUUUUGUAAGUCACUGUAUUUAAACUUACUUGAAGUCUUGCUGCAGAGAAGAAGAGGAGAAACUAACAUGGACAACAAGCCUGUGUAAAAUGCAUUUGUUUUUUCUUUGAGUUCAGCGACAAAUACAGGCUGAUAAUCUUCCUUCGUAGCAGGCAAAGCCUUGAGGUUGCCAGGCCAUCACUUAAAUUGUAAAGAUAGUUUUAGUUUACUAUGUGUCAUUUGUCAAGGUGAUUAAAAAAUUUAUACACCAACCACUUUUAAGAUUAUGGAUAUUUAAGCAAUCAGAUAUUCUCAGCUGAUUAGUUACAAGUGAUUUAGUUUUUUCCUUAUUUUCAAAAUGCCCCAACACUGUGCAGGUCACUUCAUCUAUCUAAUCUUUUCACAGGCCAUGGCACUAUCUCGACUAAAAGGACUCCGUUGCCUUGGGCCCAAUGUGUACCCAGAGGCCCCUGAUGGAGGCUGGGGAUGGGUAGUUGCCGCAGCCUUCUUUAUGGUGGAAGUUUUCACCUAUGGGACCAUCAAAAUCUUUGGCAUUUUUCUCCAGAACCUGAUGGAGGAAUUCGGAGAGAGCAACAGUCGGGUCUCCUGGAUUGUUUCAAUCUGUGUGUUUGUCAUGACCUUUAACGGUGAGUAAAGCUGAUGAGUUUAAAACAGACUACACAUUAAAUGAGAAUGAAUCAUUGCAAAUGACUGUAUAUAGUUUAAUGAAAUAUAUUUGUCGCUGUUCAUCCUCAGCCCCCCUCUCUACUGUGAUGACAAACCGCUUUGGGUUCCAGCUUGUUGUUAUGAUGGGAGGAUUUCUUAUAUCCCUUGGAACCAUUGCCACCAGCUUUACUACCUCCAUCAACCAAAUGUAUAUCACCUAUGGAUUAGUAGCAGGUUUUGUAUUAUUUCCAUCAUCUCUGCCCUCAAUGUUCAGACAUAACAUUCAGUAGAUAUUCAAAUGUUUAUUCUUUUUGUGUUGCUUGAGUUUAACAUCUGCUUUUCAUCACAGGUAUGGGCUACUGUCUGACCUUCCUGCCCACUGUGACUAUCCUGUCCCAGUACUUUAACAAGAGACGGUCUCUUGUAACAGCUGUGGCGUCUGUUGGAGAGCCCUUGUCAAUUUUUGCCUUGGCACCAGGUGUGUGCAUGUGCUUUCACUAUUUUUUAUUUAGAUAAGCCUUAAUACGACACACAAGUUGCAAUGUGAUUGUGGUCUGAAAACUACGAUCAGAAAUGAAGGGGCUGUUUUUCAAAUCACGUGCUGUGUUGCUUCCUCCAGAAAACCAACAGAUUAGGAGCAAUAUACACUUUAUGUCCAACCCAAUUAAAAUAUCACCAAAGUACUUCAAGGUUAAGAUAACACCUAUGAAGCAAGCUGUCUCCUACGUCUGAAGUCAUGGUUUUAGACCACUAUGGGGUAGCCGUGCAGUGUUGCUUUCAACAAUACAUCUUUACACCAACCAUUCUUUAAUUCCAGAGUCGUGACACUGCUAAGAAUUGCUUUAUAUUGUUGGAAUGGAAUUGCAAACUUUAGAAACACAGGAAAACAAAGUAUGAAUUAUGGCAUUGAAAAAUGGGAUUAAUCAUGGUUAACUAUUCAAAAAUCAGCUGUUAAUUUAUUUUUCCCUCAUGUUUAAUCUAAAGUAGCUAAAUUUGUUAAGUUUCUUCAACAAGUUAAAGACAGGCACAUUUUAUGAUCCUGCAAGUCUGCCAACAAUACUAACCCAACUGUGGUAGAAUACACCGCUCAAGAUCUUAAUAAUGAACAUUUACUUUCUCUCGUUUUUCAGCCUUUUCUGCACUUAAGGACCAUGUCGGCUGGCGCCCCACCAUGGCAGUGAUAGGAGCCUUUCAGGGCACCAUCAUCAUCUGCGGGGCUCUUCUUCGGCCAAUUAUUAUCAAACCUGGAGCAGAGUCUGAUGCAUCAUCCCCGCAGGAACUAGAAGUCCUUGGUACUUCGGAGAAGGUGGAAAGCACAAACCCAGAACACAAUGCCUCAAAUGAACAACUUACCUCCUACAGUCAGGACAAUGAGCUCACCAGGGGCUCUGUGAGCACUGGAGACUCUGGUGUUCAGUCCCUAAAGGACACAGAACACAGCAGCCCAGAGGAGAAGACUUUACUGUACAAAGAAAAACUGGAAAACUCAGAGAAAGGGAGUAGAAAGAGUGAAACAGAAGAGGAUAAUGAUGCAGAGAAACAAGUAGUGAAUGAUGAAAAGAAACCAGGUGAUGAAAAGGUGUCUCCAAAGAAGACAAAACUCCUGGAUUUCUCCAUCCUCCGGGAGUGCAGCUUCAUCUUCUAUUCUCUCUUUGGACUGUUUGUCACACUCGGCUUCUUCGCCCCUCAGCUCUACAUCAUUGAGCUGAGCGUGAGUCGAGGUGUAGAGCGGAACCGUGCCACCUACAUGCUGUCCACCAUGGCCGUCACUGAAAUCUUGGGCCGACUCAGCAUCGGAUGGAUCCUGACACGGAAGCCCCUCAGGACAAAAAAGCUGUUAGUGCUUCUGGUGUGUGUUAUCUCAGUGGCCGUUGACCUGUUGGGAUUUACUUUGGUUACAGAGUUCUAUGGCCUGGCUGUAUGCUGUGCAAUUUAUGGAUUCUUUUUGGGAACACUAACAAGCACACACAUCCCCAUGCUGGCUGAAGAUGAUGUGGUUGGCAUAGAAAGGAUGUCCUCAGCUGCUGGUGUUUAUGUGUUCAUCCAAAGCUUUGCUGGACUGGCUGGACCCCCACUUGGAGGUAAGAUUAUCUGUAUUCAAGUUUACAGAUAAUACUGGCUAUGGUUUCCCUUCACCACACUUACAAAAUCCAUCUCCCUACAGUACAAGGGUGAUGUAUAAUGUCAAUAUAGUAUUCCACUCAUUGAAUGUGGUACUGUUCUUCCAUUGACUUAAAGCAAUAAGAAAUGACUCUGAUAGAGCCAACAGGCAUCCUUGUGUAUCUGUGAGAGCUCAAGCAAGUGCACCAAACUUUCAUAGCAUGACUUUUUCCCCUCUCCAAAACAGUAUCCUACAAUGCAGCUUUCAUUUUUUAAUCCAGAAAUAACACCAAAUACAAACAGCAAACAACCAAGUAGUGAAAAUGCAGAUUAAAUCUUUCAUCAGUUACAUAAUUGUCCCUCGCUUGUAUUUUGCUUUCACAGGUUUUAAGACUCUUUUUUCCCCAUAUUUUAAGAAAAAUACAAGUUUACAUGGAACAAAAGGCUUUGAAAUAGGGUUUCUUUGAUGCUCUUCAUUGCACAGGAUUUGAGUUUUAAAAGUAAAAUUUGUGAUCAGUGAGGAAAAAUGGUAUAGGAUUAUAUUUAUUGUGGCUGUUUUUAGAGGCUUUUUAGAUGGUAGAAUUGUCAGAUUUUCUUGUAUUUCACUUUUUAAGUUCAAGUAUUAUAGGGUUAAAGAACAGUCAGAUUUGGUGGGGCAGAUGUAGAGAUUCUGACUUUAAGCCCUUAGUAUGGGUCAUGCUUCAAGAACGCUGAGACUCAUUUCUGUUGAGUUAUUUCUUUGAUUAGACUCUCAUUCAAGCAGGGCUUUCUAUGCAUUAUUUUACAUUUCCAAGCUUGAGACAACCCUAAAGAUGUCCCUAUUACAACAUCAGUUGUCUUUUUUCUCAGUCCCAUUCACAGCAGUUUUAAAAAUGCACGUGUUUUCACAAGCCCAACUGCCCUUCACAAAAUAAGUGAAGAAACUUGUUUAAAGUUAUCUCUAAAUUCUUACUCCUCCUCUUUCCCCAGGUGUGUUAGUCGACAUGACUCAGAACUACGGAUCGGCGUUCUACUCCUGUGCUGCUGGGAUGGGAGUUGGCGCUCUGUUUCUGGGUCUGGUAAAGCCUGCUAAGAACCGAUUACUCUGUAAGAGGAGGGACUCAGAACACACUGAAGACAAACAUGAACAAAACAAAGAUUCAAAGGAGCAGGGUGCAGCAUGUACUGAAGACGAAAGAGUCAACAGUGCAGUUGCAGAGGAAUGUACUGAAGUAGAUGACAUUUCAAUCCAGGACCAGGAAGGAGUCACAAAAGAUGACCAGGAAGUUAUAAGUUUUGCUUGAGCUGAACACACAGUGUAAAAGGUUAAAAGCUAUUUAAGACUACUAGAAUGUGCUAAAAUGGCAUUAAAUCUGUGUUGAGAAAGACCAACAAAAAUUGAUCCACGUUGGAAACUAUUUUUGAGAACUUAGAAGUCACAAUAUUUUGUGCCUCAUAUGCCUAAUGUACCAAAUAGUAUUAUUUGCAUCAUUUAAUUUAUAUUUUUCAAGCUGAAAGUAAGUAAGCUUUCAAUGAGGUCUAUAGUUUUAAAUAAAGUCUAGUCUAUCUCAAGCUGUGGGAUGUUGUAAGAAAGAACGAUGUGGUAGGCUGUGAAACUUAUCAGUAGAGGACAUGAGAUGGGCUUCUUCAAUGAGCCCCUUUUCUUACAUCAGAGUGAGAAAUAGCUGGUUAAGUAUGGACAUGACAUGACAUCAAUGGACCACAGCUGAUCCAGUGUCAGAAUAUAGGCACUUUGGUAUUAACUAUUCCAGUACAUAACACUGAUCAUUGAUGAACUCAUUGCCUGCUGGAGAUCAAUACUUUAAUGUUAAUGUUAACCAGAGACUGUGAUGCAAAUGUAGCUGCAAGAGCCAUAAACUGCACAAAUUCUGUAACACUAACAUUAUUUUCUAUCACUCUGUCAUAGAAAAUAAAAGCUCAGGUGAUCACAUUUGUGAUUAGAAGUAUCUUUUUUAAUCAAGCUUUUGCCAAGAUGGUAAUGCACUAUUUGAUAUAAGAGGUCAGACUUGAACUAUUUUUGUAAUGAAAAUCUGUUCAAUCACAAUAAAAAAAAUCUGUGAUUUGAACCUUUAAA